AUUUUUCUAUCGAUUUUCAGAGACGAUAUGUGUGUAGCCUCAGCCUUCUGUCUUUCUGAAGAUAAGUUAGCGAAUUUUUAGGCGACAUCGGAUGUUCAGAGGUUUCGUAUAUCAUCUACAUCUUGGUUAGGAUGUUCUGUUUGGCAAGAGUCAGGCAUGUGAUCGGAUAAUCAAAGCGUCUAUAAAUACUGGCAAUAUGCUUGAUUUGAGAUCGGAUGGAACUCCUACCAUGAUGCUUUUUGAUAUGACGCUGCUGUGACCGAUACAUCCGUGAAUCUGCUGGAUUUUCGUUAAGUACAGUCUUAGUAUCUUUAUUCGUCAUCCAAGAAAAUUCUAGUGAAGAUGUCGAUGAAUGGAGGACCCUCUGCGCAAGGUGGCAAAGGAGGUAAGUCCAUCUUUGCCCGCAUGGCCGCGACACAGCGACAGAACCUCCAACAGGGUGGUAGCUCGAGCAGUAGCGGUCCGCAUGCCGGUGGAUCCUCGAUGACGGCACAACAGGCAACUGCGGGUGGGACAUCAAGCGACGCGGAGCCGCACUACCCCGGCUACGAUCGGAACUUUGUGCACUACGAUCACCUGAUGGAGGGGGAGCGGAAGCGCGCAAACCCGCGGUGGGAAACGCUCUCGGCGUACCAGAAGAAGUUCUUUGUGGGGCAGCGCUUGCACGAAAGCCCGCCAGACGACUGGAAAGUUCUGGAUCCGCGAGUGACGCGACGUGUGCCGCAUAUGGCGGACAAGUGGCGGCUGGUGGCUUCGUUCCUCGAGGCGCGGGGCCUGAUCAGUUGCCAGCUGGAGUCCUUCAACAGUUUUGUGAACCAGGGCAUUUCCGACAUCGUGCUUUCCCGCAGCAAUGUGGAAAUUCGGUGCGACGUGGACCCAGCGUGGUUCAUCCGAUUCACAGGCAUUCGUGUGGGCAGGCCUCAGAUGGCAGACGAGCGACGAUUGCAAGAUACCGACGUCUACCCGCACGAAUGUCGACUCCGGGAUCUAACCUACCAGGCGCCAAUCUACGUUAGUUACUACUACUACGCUGGGAAAAACGCGCAGACGCCCACGGUGGCGCCGGAGCCGCUGCUGCUCGGUUAUAUGCCGGUUAUGCUGCGCUCCGACCGGUGCCAUCUGCGAGGGAAGUCGGAUGAACAGCUUAUGGGCAUGAACGAGUGCCCACUGGAUCCGGGUGGCUACUUUAUUAUUGACGGCACUGAGCGCGUACUGAUGAUGCAAGAGAACAUGAGUAACAACCGGAUCAUCGUGGAGCGCAGUGCGGGUUCACCUGACAAGCUGCAGGCUGCGGUUACCUCAUCCACCAACGAUAACAAGUCGCGCGUCCUGGUCUGCUACUCGAACAAGAACUGCCUGCACCUGAAGCACAGCAAGUUUCAGUCCCUCGUAAACGUGAUUUGCGUAAUCAAGGCAAUGGGCGUGGUGCAUGACCAGGAAAUUGUGCAGAUGAUUGGGGUGGGUAAGGGAUCCCGCAUUGUGAAUGCGCUCUUGCCGACGUUCCAGGAGGCUAAGGAUUUGGGGGUCUUCACGCAGGAACAAGGUUUGGAGUACCUGGGCCGCAUGAUGAAGGAGCGCUUCAUCUCCACACGCGCGGCUACCGCGGCAGCGUUGAACCAGGCAGGAGCGCAGACCAUCGUACCGAAGGCGAUGCAAGCAAGGCAAGCGUUGGAGAUCGUUCUCUCUCACGUAGCGAUGGACCAGAGCGCCGCUUUACCCUUUCUGGGGAAGGUCCGGUAUCUGUGCAUCAUGAUCCGGCGCAUCUUCGAGGCCGAAGAGAGUCCGGACCGCCUUGUGGACGACAAGGACUACUAUGGCAACAAGCGUAUCGAGCAAGCGAGCAGUAUGCUCUCAAUGCUGUUUGAGGACGUCUUCAAAACUUUGGGGGCGGAUGUAAGGAAACGGGCGGAUGCCGAGAUCGGGAAGCUCGUCACCAAGCAAGACUACACACACGCGGACAUCUUAAAGCGAACUGUGCAGGAAAGCCUGCAGCGCGUAACACACGCGUUUAAAUACGCGCUCAAAAGUGGAAACUGGAAAAUUCAGCGUUUCAAAGUCGACCGAAGCGGCGUUUCGCAGGUGCUCUCUAGGUUCAGUUACAUGAUCGCACUCGGCAGUAUGACCAAAGUCAAGUCAAACGUCGAGAAAAGCCACAAAAUAGCCGGACCACGAGCACUGCAGCCGAGCCAAUGGGGUAAAUUCUUAUUUUCGUUUUCACUCUCAUGUUCAUGACUUCUAUUCUCUUUCUAAACGUUCCUUGACCCUGAUAGAAACCAAACUUUAUAUGAUGCCGAUCGAGUAUAUAGCGAAUACCUGUGGUCAAGAAUUUUGAUUGACAUAUCAAUAUCAUGGGUCGACGUCGAGUACUAUUCUGCAUUAAAAUCUUUUUUUCAAAACUCUUCCUAGGCAUGCUUUGUCCUGCGGAUACGCCGGAAGGUGAGCAAUGCGGGCUUAUCAAGAAUCUUUCGCUCAUGGCAACGGUCUCAACCGGGUUCGGCGAUCACGCGCUCGAAGCCAUGCGGCCGCUUCUCUUUGCGUUGGGCGUUAUUUCACAGGAUUUGCUAAGCGGAGAUGAGUUAACCCCUGAUAGCCCGGACACUCUAUUGGUGUUCUUCAACGGGAAUUUACUAGGUGCAUGCCGGAAUCCUUCACGACUCAUUGCCGACGUGAAGGAAUUGCGACGACAGGGACUCAUUUUCCAGUUCACGAGCAUAUAUCACCACGAAAACACGAAGACCAUCAACAUCGCAUGCGAUGAGGGGCGUCUUUGCCGUCCCUUGAUCAUCAUCGAGAACGGGAAGUCGCGGUUCGACCCCUCUGAGCACGUCCCCAAACUGACUGGUUGUAAGUAUGACGGCUCGCGGUCCGAACGCUGGGCCUUCAAAGACUUUUUGAACAACGGCGUGGUCGAAUUUGUCGAUGUCAACGAGGAGAACAACUUGCUCAUUGCGAUGAAACCAGAAGAAAUAACAAAGGACCAUACGCAUCUCGAGAUCGAGCCCCUCUCCCUCCUUGGAAUCAUUUCCGGACUUGUGGCUUACCCGAAUCACAACCAAUCCCCGAGAAACACCUAUACUUGUGCGAUGGGAAAACAGGCAAUGGGUUGCGUCGGGUACUAUUUACUCGUUGAUGUUUUUUUUACAGCUCGUAAAUCACUGAUCAUGCUGAUCAUGUCCUUCUUCUAUGAGAUUAAUGCUCGCAUCCCAAUAUAAUCCGUCUUCUUGUUCAGAUCAGCAUAUUUAUUUUACAUUUUCCCCUUGGCCUACUCACAGGUACAACCAGUUUCACCGCACGGAUAACAUUUUGUAUUUGCUGCAGUACCCGCAGAAACCCCUUUGCAAGAGCAAGACUUUGGAUUUCGCCAAUUAUGAUCGAUUCGGCGCGGGCACUAAUGCCUCUGUUGCGGUCAUUAGUUACAGUGGAUAUGAUAUUGAGGAUGCCAUUGUAAUGAACAAAGCAAGCGUCGACCGAGGAUUUGGUCGUUGCAUCGUCAUGAAGCGGCAUGUGGCGACCUGCGACCAGGUUGGUUCGCACAUGGAACUCAUUGCCCCAGUAGAAGCAGUGUCGAAGGACGAAAAGAAAAAUCGACGACAGAUUCAGCGCAAGAAGAAUUUGGACGAGCGCGACGGCAUUGUUUACCCGGGAAGCGUCGUGCAGGAUGGUAACACGUGAAUAAUUUAGGUUCCAAGAUAAAGUCAGGUAUUCCUAGCUAGAAGAUGAGUAAAAAGAAAUCAAAGACAAACGAAGUCGAUACAAGCUGGAUGUUGUUUUUAUUGUUGAUUAUCACAGUUCGAAAAAUCUUUCAGGUGAUUAUUUGUUGAACAAGCUGGAGCCGGAUACGAAAGCUAUGACGCCUUACAUGGCUGCGCAGGGUGACCAAGCUCCAGUAAUGAGGGAGCAGCCGCUUUUCCACAAAUCGCCAGUCCCUGCAAAAGAGAUCAUCGACAGGGCGCUUAUUACGUUUAACGACCAGCACAUGCGAAUAUUCAAAAUAAUGUACAGGGACACGCGGAAGCCAGAACUUGGUACUUUUUAUGCUAGGUUGGAACGUGAUCGUGAUUCACAGACACGCCCGUUUUGGAUAAGGACAAACUGCUGUGUCAGCUGUCUAUAGACUGACUGCUGCCAGCUGAUUGAUAGAUCACACAUUGUCAUGGAUAGAAAUUCACUCACACAACUUGAGUACAGUACCACAACAGAUGGUAGAUUAAAUUUUACUUGUCAUGCGUUCCCGUUCGUCAGGUGACAAGUUUGCGUCCCGACACGGACAAAAAGGUGUGGUCGGUUUGAUUGUGCCGCAAGAAGACAUGCCUUUUAGCGAAACGGGCUGGUGUCCGGAUCUCAUCAUGAAUCCACACGGCUUUCCAUCACGGAUGACAGUAGGGAAAAUGCUCGAAUGUGUUGGCAGUAAGGCGGCGGCGCUCGAAGGUACCUUCUGCGACGGCAGCGCUUUUGGCGGGACACCUCCCGAGCUCAUUUACAAGACGCUCAUCAAGAAUGGGUUCGCGCCAAAUGGAAAGGAGUUUCUCACCAGUGGAAUCACCGGUGAACCCAUGGAGUGCUAUGUCUUUGCCGGACCCAUUUUUUACCAGAAACUGAAGCACAUGGUAGCAGACAAAGUGCAGGCGCGCGCAAGAGGCAAGCUAAACUUACUUACGAGACAACCGACAGAGGGUCGUGCAAAGCAAGGUGGAUUGCGUAUGGGUGAGAUGGAACGGGAUUGCCUCAUCGCUUACGGUGCUAGCAAUCUUCUGCUCGAACGACUCAGCUACAGCAGUGACGCCUGUGAUGUCAAGGUACCUCUUAGCUUAGCUAAACGCAGUUUAGUACAAGUAGAGCAUGAAUGUCGUAGAUGAGAACAAGAACAGAAUAUGGAUCUUCUGUAUUGUUCAUAAUCAAUGUGGGUGCUUCCUCAUAAUGCCUUUCAACAAACUUUCAACAUCAGGUAUGUCGAGAUUGCGGGUUAUUUGCUGAUGCAUCAUUCUGCCGCUUUUGCGAGAAAAGCCGGCUGCUUGACUGCCGGGUACCGUAUGCAUGUAAAUUGUUAUUCCAGGAAAUGCAGUGCAUGAACGUCGUUGCUCGUAUCAAGUUCGAAGAACGGCCAUCAUAAUGCCAUGAAGGGACCCAGUGCUGCGCAGCCUGUCUGUCCGAUAAAGGACAAAGGGAAAGCGACUUGUUUGCAAGUCAUGAGUCACACGUAUGAAUCUUCAUGACCACGCCCCUGGUCAUUUACUACCGUGUAUCACCUAGUACAUUCUGCACCAGAAAAGUUUAUUUUUCAUACCUUCUCUACGAACUCGUAGAUGAUUCCUACAACGACAUGCUAUUUGCUCUUUUCAUUUUCAGACUACAUCGCGACUUUGUUUCACAAACCAUCGCAGCUGGUUUGUUUGUCAGGAUCCAUCACCUGCGGGGUAAACAGAAACACAGAUGGGACUUAUUCAC